AUGGCGGACGGUGAUAAUUGGAAAGAGGAUAUUCAACUCAAAACAGACUUAGAGAAAUAUGUAUGUCAAGGAAUGAACAGGAAAAAAAUUUUGGACUUUGUACAACGAGAUUUUUCGAGCUAUGCGUGGAGCAUACGUACAUUAGACAGGCGUUUACGGUAUUUUGAUAUAUACUACAACCACAGUGAUAUACCAGUUAAUGAUGUGAGAGAAGCAGUACGAAAAGAAAUUGAAGGUCCUGGCAAACUGUUAGGCUAUUGUGCUAUGCACCAAAAAAUAAGACAGGAACACAACUUACUUGUUUCUCGCGAUGCCGUAUAUGAUGUGAUGGCUGACGUUAACCCAGAAGGGUUAAAGGCCCGUGGCCCAGUUGGCGUUAAUAAACAGCGAAAGAAAGGUAAUUUUACUUCAAAAGGCCCAAACUGGGUUCACUCGAUGGACGGGCAUGAUAAGCUUAUGGGCUAUCAAAACUCGACCUUUCGUUUAGCUGUGUACGGAUGCAUAGAUACAGCAAGCUGUAAGAUUCUGUGGUUAAGAAUAUGGGUGUCCAAUUCAGAUCCACGUUUAAUAGGAAGGUGGUAUUUAGAAUACCUCAUGGAAACCAAGAUCAUAUCAAACAUGAUACGAAUUGACAAGGGUACUGAAACAGUUUUAAUGGCCACCAUGCACGCAUUUCUACGUAGAAAUCAUGGUGACCAAUCUGAUACCUCUGAGACUGUAAUCUUUGGACCUUCCACCUCGAAUCAGGUAAAAGAAUGGUGGAAGGAGCUCCAUGAACGAUUAGAAAAAUUUUAUAAAGAGAAACUAAAUAUUCUAAAGGAUCAUGGAUAUUAUAAUCCGCAUAAUGAAACUGACAGAAAUCUUUUGGCAUUUAUUUUAAUUCCUUUAUUACAAAGGGAGCUAGAUAUUUUCAAAGAUACUAUUUGGAACUCCCACAGAAUCCGCAAGCAAGCAGAAACAACGUUACCAGAUGGGAUUCCAAAUCAUAUUCAUGCUUUCCCUGAAGAAUAUCAUAUGGAAGAAUGUGGCUUGCCAGUGCAUGAUGAACAACUACAAGAAGCAGCAGUUUUAUCUGGAGUACUAGAUGUCCAAGAAGAUUUUCUAGAUGCACAUUUUAGACAGAUGUGCGAGCAAGUCACUUCAAACAUGGAUGUCAUUCAAGCUACUAAUUUUAGUGAAUCAUAUAUAACUCUUCGACAUAGCAUCUUGAAUAUGUCUUCUGUAUAA